GCACCCCAUCUUCAGUGCGAAAUGCUCCGCGUAUCGGAUCUCACUCAAGCUUUCCUCCCCGAAUCCGUCCGGCGUUUCGGCGAGGAGGCAUUCUCACGCUCCGGUAUACAAGCAGGGUAAAGAACUCCAAGUGAAGGAAGGAGGUUUAAUUUAGAAUAGGUAUUGAAAAAAAUUAAAAAUAAAAGUGGAAAGAGGUUUCACCCCCUGUCCGCAAGUAGAGGAUGCAAGAGGAACCAUCACAAAGACGCAGCAUCUGCAACUUCAGGAUUUACUUAUAAAGGCGCUUUUUUAUUGGAGGUCGUGGAAUUAUCAGCGUGUAAACAUGCCUGUAAGAAGAGGUCACGUUGCGCCACAAAACACGUUCCUUGGAUUAAUCAUUAGGAAAUUCGAGGGGCAGAAUCGCAAAUUUGUAAUAGCCAAUGCCAGGGUUGAGAAUUGUGCAAUUAUCUACUGUAACGAUGGUUUCUGUGAGAUGACGGGAUUCUCAAGACCAGACAUCAUGCAGAAGCCUUGCACCUGUGACUUUCUCCACGGGGACCUCACCGAAAAGGAGGCGAUCAACCAGGUGGCGCAGGCUGUGCUUGGCUCUGAGGAGCGCAAGGUGGAGAUCACCUACUACAGGAAGGAUGGGUCUGACUUUCAGUGUACCACUCACGUAAUCCCAGUGAAGAAUGAAGAAGGCGUGGUGAUGAUGUUUAUUUUGAAUUUUGAUUACAUUGUGGAUGAAGGAAGUGACCACUCUACGGAAAACAUAAGCCCUGCAUCCCCUGCAAAGUCAGAUCAAAGGAGGAGCCGCUUCUUUCGCUUCCGUCAGGUCGCUUUGAGCCUGAUGAACACCAACAAGCAAUCUCUUCCCCAAGAGGACCCAGAUGCUGUGAUGGUGGAUUCUCCCAAAGAAGAUGAGGACUCGGUGGCCUUGCAGAACUUUCCCUCACCCACAAAGAGUAUUUGCAGUCCUUCUGACGCCAAUGACACGCACGCCCUCAUAAGCUCCAGCCACCAUUCUUCCCAGCCUAGCAUCGGCCCUGAACCACUUGAUCAUUCAUCCCUCAAAGUCCCCUGGGACAAGCUGUACCAGACAGAGCCUCAUCAGUCCUCUACCUCCCUGUCAAACACUUUCCCCAGAGGAAGCACCAGCAGCAUGAGGAGAGCCUCAUCUAUCCAUGAAAUUGAGGGCUAUAGCUCCAAUUCAAAAAGUGCAUUCAGGGACCGGCAUACAAAUGAAGGCCAUUUCAACCAUGUGAAGUCCAGUUUGCUUGGCUCUACCUCUGAUUCAAACAUCAACAAAUACAGCACCAUCCACAAAAUCCCCCUGAUUGCAUUGAACUUUACAGAAGGCACAGAUAAGAAGGCUCAUUCACCCCCAACCUCUGAGAAAGCCAUCAUAGCACCGAAAGUCAAAGACAGAACUCACAAUGUCACAGAGAAAGUUACACAGGUCCUGUCUCUAGGAGCAGAUGUACUUCCAGAGUACAAACUCCAGGCACCCCGCAUUGAUAAGUUCACCAUCCUCCACUACAGCCCCUUCAAAGCAAUGUGGGACUGGCUGAUUCUGCUGCUGGUUAUCUACACAGCAAUUCUCACUCCUUACUCUGCUGCUUUCCUACUCAAUGACCAGGAGGAGCAGAGAAGGCGUGAAUGCGGCUACUCCUGCAGCCCUCUCAAUGUGGUAGAUUUGAUGGUGGACAUCAUGUUUAUUAUUGACAUCCUCAUAAACUUCAGGACCACCUAUGUUAAUCACAACGAGGAAGUGGUUAGCCAUCCAACUAAGAUAGCAAUCCAUUACUUCAAAGGAUGGUUCCUAAUAGAUAUGGUGGCGGCGAUCCCCUUUGACCUUCUGAUCUUCGGCUCGGGAUCAGAUGAGACAACCACUCUGAUUGGCCUGCUGAAGACAGCGAGGCUCCUGCGAUUGGUGCGUGUUGCCAGAAAGCUGGACCGUUACUCUGAAUAUGGAGCUGCUGUCCUAAUGUUGCUCAUGUGUAUCUUUGCCCUAAUUGCUCACUGGUUGGCUUGUAUAUGGUAUGCCAUCGGCAAUGUGGAGAAGCCCUACCUAGAGCACAACAUUGGCUGGCUCGACAAUUUGGCAUUGUCCAUAGGGAAGAGAUACAACGGCAGUGAUCCAAACUCUGGUCCUUCCAUCAAGGACAAGUAUGUCACAGCCCUUUACUUCACUUUCAGCAGUCUCACAAGUGUGGGAUUUGGGAAUGUUUCCCCCAACACCAACUCAGAGAAGAUCUUUUCCAUAUGUGUCAUGUUAAUUGGGUCCCUUAUGUAUGCUAGUAUCUUUGGAAACGUAUCUGCCAUCAUCCAGAGACUUUACUCCGGAACAGCUCGCUACCAUGCUCAAAUGUUACGGGUCAAGGAGUUUAUCCGCUUCCAUCAGAUCCCUAACCCUCUCAGACAAAGGCUGGAAGAGUACUUCCAACACUCAUGGACCUACACCAAUGGCAUUGACAUGAACACGGAGGUGUUGAAAGGUUUUCCUGAAUGCCUGCAGGCAGAUAUCUGCCUCCACCUUAACCAAAAUCUUCUAGAGAACUGCAAAGCAUUCCAAGGGGCGACUAAAGGGUGCUUGAGGGCGUUGGCCAUGCGCUUCAAAACUACUCACGCUCCUCCUGGAGACACUCUGGUCCACAGUGGCGAUGUUCUCACGGCUCUCUAUUUUCUGUCCCGUGGCUCUAUUGAGAUCCUGAAGGAUGACAUUGUGGUAGCUAUUCUGGGAAAAAAUGACAUAUUUGGAGAAAUGAUCCAUCUUUGCACCACACCCGGGAAGUCAAACGCUGAUGUGCGCGCUCUGUGUUACUGUGACCUGAGUACCAUUCAGAGAGAAGACCUGCUGGAGGUGCUGGAUAUGUACCCAGAAUUUGCUGACUACUUCUUCAACAACUUGGAGCUUACCUUCAACCUCAGAGAUGAACCAAUCAAGCCUGUUGGUGCCCAAGAGGGUGAUCCAGAUGAUGACCAUAAUAGAAGCAUGAAAAGAAGAAUCUCAUUUACUCCAGAAAUACCUACGGGAGAAAACAAGGAAGAGGAUAAAGAUUUCCAAAAGGAGAGAGGCUCUAACUCGUGUCUGAAGAGGUGUUCAGUGGCUCUUGGUUCUUCCUCACUCAGUGUUCCAGUAUUGGACUCCGAUAUUAUUGUCAGAGAAGGUCUGGACAGAAGACCCUGUAUAGAAGAUCUUCGUUGUGAUAAAUGGGCCUGUAAGAAGCCUGCGGACUAUCUGGAUGAGUCAGCACAGAUCCCGGACCUGAGAGAGGAUGAUAAUUCUCCCAGCGAAAUCACAUACGGAGAGGUGGAACAACGCUUAGGUCAGCUUCAGGAGCACUUAAACAGGUUGGAGUCGCAGCUGAUAUCAGAUAUUCAAACAAUUCUUCAGAUGUUGCAGAGACAGCCAACUUUGGGACCCCCUGCCUACAGCACUGUGACUGCCAGUCCCGAAUAUCAAAGACCUGCUGUAAAGGCCACCAGCCAAAAACUGGAGAGCCCCAUUCAGGAAUCCAAAGACUCUGUGUCCAGCUUGGCCAUUGUGAAUGCAACUAUAGAAGACAGCCUUACAGCAUUUUUUGAACAAAGACAUGCAGAUGUGCAUCAGCAGCAACAACAGACCACAGCUCAUCAACAGUCAGCAUUGAUCCCUCUUCCAACUCAAGCCUCAUCUGCAUCCUGUUCUUCUCCAUUGCCCUCAGACUCUGACCCCACCUCAGAAAGACAUCCCAGACAUGACUCAGAUGGUGCAGAGUUUCCCAGGACAUAAAUUUCUCUUUAGCAUCAUUUGGGAAUAUCUGGGUAUUAUGAAGUUACCAAUAGGUAGCUUAUUUUUGUUUUUUUAUCAGCAUGCUAGCACAGACAUCUGUUUUCACAAUUUAAAGUAGGUAUGUUAAGAAAAGGAGAUUUUAGUUCAUGUGCAUGUGGGGAUUUCACUUCAGUUAGGAAGAAGACAACUAACAAAAGUUGCAUAUUUUAUCACCCUGUUUUAACAUUAUUUAUAAUGUACAAAUUUUAAUUAUUACAAUCUACAUGAAACUAACUGCUAUUUAUUGGACAGAACGUCUUCUACUGGCAUUAACACCUGGUUGUAUUACUAAAACCAAAAGCAGUAUGCCUAACUACCAUUUUAUAGGCUAUUUUUCCAAUACUGUGCUUUAAUUCAUAUGUUCUCAUCAGCUGUCAGUUCCAUGCAAUGUCAUGUCAGAGUCAGCCAGAAUGAACA